AUCCAAUCCUCCAAUCCGUUAUCCGCAAAUCCCGUGUCGAUCCUUUCGGCGGGACAAUGGCUCGCGAGUUUGUUGUGUCAGCAAAUGACAUUGGCCAGGAAAGAUGUCUUUUUCUGGAGAAGUUUCUGGGUCUUCUACGGGGCCGGGCUAUUCCCGGCUGGGUAAGGGGCCCGGCUGCCAUCACACCGGAGACGGGGAGAUCUGGUGAGACGGUUUUCUGUCGUCUGUCUGUCUGUCUGGUCUGUCCUGUCAGUUGUUUGGCGGGUUGGGGAUUUGGGGUAAAUAUUACCUAUAGCGAGGGGUAAAUAUAGAACAAGGGUUGAAAGUCAGUUGGGGUUGGAUGGAGGAUAUUGGAG